ACCUACCGCACGUGCUGUCAGUCGUCUGUAGUUACCAACGUGAGCACGUCAGUCUCCAACAAGUAAGCUCGUGCAAGCUCCGACAGUCCAGCUGAAACUUUAGAGACCUCAAGAAACUCAGCUCAAAAUGGCGUCUUCAAGUAUCCGUCUUGUCCUGGCUCUUCUCUUCUGUGUGAACACUUCGGUGUUUGCCAGCAUAUGUAGCAAAUUCCAACUGGGAGGUCCCUGUGCGUUAUUGGGCUACACGACCACCACCACGACAACACUGUCGCCACUACAACAGGGCAACUCUUACUGUGAACUAACCUGCAGUCAAGGCAACGAUGCCGUGUUUAGCUCGCUUUGUCAGUGCGCUGCUGCGACAACAACGACAACAACCGAAAAUCCAACAACAACUACAACAGAGGCGCCAACCACAACUACAACAGAGGCGUCAACCACAACUACAACAGAGGCGUCAACCACAACAACCACAGCCGCUACAACAACGACACCUACACCAGAGACGUGUUAUUACACCAGAAACAGACCAGCUCAGCUCGGGGCAAUAGUCAAGAGGAUGUACUCGGGUACCGAGGUCGCCACAGAGUGCGAGUAUCCGGGAGUUGUCGGACUUUAUAAUGCAAGUCAAGUCUUCCAAUGUAUGGGAACUCUGCUGGAGGAGAGUGUGAUAAUCAUUGAUAGUUUAUGUUACUCGACUGUUAGCAACGCUAAAGCAGGUACAGUUUAUGCUCACGUGGGAUCCUAUCAACAGCCUGAUGUGCCAACUGACUUGCCUUCACUCGUCGUAUCUUCUGCAGCAUAUCUAGAUACAACUAUGACCAACAUGAAGCUAUACACUGUAAAUCUGAGUUCUCCUUUCACCUUUAAUGAGAGCUGUGUCCAGCCGGCCUGUGUCCCCAACUCCCAUCUUAACGUGGCGGACAUUGACGACACAGAUUGCAGGAUUGUGGGGUAUGGUAAUACAGCUGAUGGCACUGCACUAUCGACAAGUCCAACGCUGAAGGAAGUUAAAGUUACACUUAAUUUAAACACCAUUAACGGACCUAUCAAGUACACUAGGCAGGAUGGUCUCGGUGCCAAAACUGGGCCUUGUGUUAACGACAAUGGAGCUCCUCUGAUUUGCCGCCAUAAGGUGACAGACGAAUGGAUCACUAUUGGUAUAACCAUUUCAAUAGGAUACCCGUGUUCUACUGGAAAAAGCGUGGUUCCUUCAGCAGCUAGUUUGGUGAAUCAAGUAUUCAGGGCAGCUCUACUGAAUUAUAAGUACGUACCUGCUUAGGCGAAGGCCGGCGGCGUUGAAGAAAAGAUCUAGAACAUGGGUUUAGAAAGCUUGUAACAAGAAUGACAAAAAUGUGUCUUUUUGAAAAAGCAACACUGCGAAUGAAAUGAAUAAAAGUUGUUGCAUUUUUCGAAAAUAAUAA